CAUUCUAGAACAAAAAUAAUAUGAUUAUCUGAGUUGACGGGCUUGGCGAGCUCCCCAGCAACUGUUAUGGCGCGUGAAAAUGACGUCAACAGAGUCGCGCGAUCACGAGGGUUCUCGCGAGAGAAGCUUAAUUCUCCUGUCUUAUUGAACCAUCCCGUAUGAUAUUUGCCGCAAAACGCGCUGAAUCUCAACUCGUUUCAUACAAAUAUGCGUACAAGAAUUAAUGCAGGCAAAAUUCGUGUAAUUUUUCAUGGUUCAGUCUUAAAUACGUGUUUUUCCUGAUGGGUGUGCGGUUUGAUAUUUGUUAGCUUUUGGGCUUCUGUCGCCGCGCCCACCGUAUAGUGUAUGUAUAUUUUUAUUGCGGGUUAGCUAGCAGCACUAGCACCGCUUCCCGGCUGCUCUCUUAAUGUCGCCGUCAAGUUUGAUGAUUGUCGUGCAGCGGAGUGCCUAAUUUCAACAUUUUUCGCAAAUUGCUCAUGCUUACAGCUGUAAUUAGCUUGUAGCUAGUUGACUUGAGGUCUUUUUGCCGUUAUGACAGGUGAGACGAUACGUGCCGUGCGUAAGGAGCACUACAAAGGCAACAAAAAUGCCCAAGCCGAGUCCUUUGACGAGACCUCGAACGGAACCAUCCCUAACGGCACCGCUCACCAAUUUAAAUCCAACAAGGCUUUCUUAAAAUCUGUCAAACCGUCGACACUGCACCAGCACCAGCAGCUGAAUGCAAACAACCUGAACGGCAACGCAUCCAUCAGCACGAUUGUCAACGACGAUAAUAAGAAUCCGAUCAUCCUCACUAACGAGGACUUCCCCGUGCACGAGUGCGUUUUCAAAGGGGAUGUUCGACGACUCUCCUCCCUCAUCAGGACCCACAGCAUCUCUCAGAAAGACGUGCACGGCAAUACGCCACUUCAUCUGGCUGUCAUGCUAGGCCACAAAGAAUGUGCCCUUCUUCUUCUGGCCCACAAUGCACCUGUGAAAAUGAAGAAUGCACAGGGAUGGAGUCCUCUGGCAGAAGCUAUCAGCUAUGGUGACAGACAAAUGAUAACGGCAAUACUGCGCAAACUGAAGCAGCAAUCUCGCGAGAGCGUCGAAGACAAAAGGCCAAAGUUACUGAAAGCCCUCAGGGAGCUUGGCGACUUUUAUUUGGAGCUGCAUUGGGAUUUUCAAAGCUGGGUGCCUCUUCUGUCCCGGAUGCUUCCCUCAGAUACUUGUAAAAUCUACAAGCAAGGCAUCAAUAUCAGGUUGGAUACCACCCUCAUUGACUUCAUCGAUAUGAAGUGUCAGCGCGGUGACCUCAGCUUCAUCUUCAAUGGUGACGCACUGCCCUCACAGUCCUUUGUGGUCCUGGACAACGAGGCCAAAGUGUACCAAAGAAUACAUCACGAGGAGUCUGAGAUGGAGACUGAGGAGGAGGUGGACAUUUUGAUGAGCAGCGACGUCUACUCGGCCACCUUGUCCACAAAGUCCAUCACCUUCUCCCGCACUCAGAGCGGCUGGCUCUUCAGGGAGGACAAAACUGAGCGGGUGGGCAACUUUUUGGCGGACUUCUACGCCGUCAAUGGUCUGGUGCUGGAGUCCAGGAAGCGGCGAGAGCACUUGAGUGAAGAGGACAUCCUCAGGAACAAAGCCAUCAUGGAGAGCCUUAGCAAAGGCGGCAGCAUCAGCGAGCACAACUUUGAGUCCGUGAGGAGGCAGUCCCUCUCGGCGCCAGCCCCCAACACUAUUUCCUGGGAGGAGUACAUCGCAGCCGAGCAUGGAAAGCCUCCCCAUGUGGGCAGAGAGCUGGUGUGCAAGGAGAACAAAAAGCACUUCAAGGCCACUGUAGCCAUGAGCCAGGAUUUCCCUCUUGGAAUCGAAUCCUUACUGAACGUGCUGGAGGUGGUGGCUCCGUUCAAGCAUUUCAACAAGCUGCGGGAGUUCGUCCAGAUGAAGCUGCCUCCCGGUUUUCCCGUCAAACUCGACAUCCCCGUGUUCCCGACCAUCACGGCCACCGUCACCUUCCAGGAGUUCCACCACGAGCAGUUUGAGGGCUCUCUCUUCGUCAUCCCGCCCGACUUCAAAGAAGACCCCAGCCGCUUCCCGGACCUCUGACCACUUGGAGACGCAACCCUUUAUUACGUCAAAUUACUCUCCCUACAUAUAUAUAUAUAUAUAUAGACAAGCAUACUGUAUUUCUCAAAAUGGCUGUCAGGGAGAAAGUAUUUACUCCUGCAGAUGUGGCAGGCCUUUUUAUUUCCUUUUUAAAAAAUAUUAUUGAACAAUAUUUAUGUUGCGGUUGUUUAAAAAAAUCAAGAAGGACUCAAGUUGGGUGAGUCCAGAUCAUCUUUUUGCAUCACGCCCACAUGGCAUUAAUUUGCUCCAGUUUUUGUGAGCAACAAGUUCAAAUGGGUUUAGACGUUAAUGUAUAUGCAGAUGAUUAAUUAAACAUUUUAUUCAACUUAAGUGAACAUGUAGACAUAAUAGGGUUAAGGCCACUAUUUAAGGAUUUUUAAAAAUCUAAAUCUUAUAAGGGAACUGACAGCCAGCCGUUUUGUUACUGGAUCCAAAGCAAACCAAUGCUUUCAUGCUGCUAUUCAUUCAUCAAAAGACUCACUUAUAUUAUGACUAAUAUUCAUAUCCUUUUUGUUUCACACGUAUUGAAACUGUAAAUAUUUUUGUCUCUUCUAAAAACAAAAAUUAUUGGUGACGUUAUAGCUCAAAACCUAAUUAUGCAUUUGUACAUAUAUGUACUGUACAUAUAUGUCUCUGUACUCAUGGACUUACACUGUGUAGCAAUACAUACACAAGAAUGUUUUGAAAUGAGCUCCAAAACGUGUUCAUAUUCCACAUUCAGGUUAGCUCACUUUUACCUCCUACUCCUCACCCGUCUUCUACAUUUUUGUGUCAAAGAUCGGAGCGCUCGCGGGAGUUAUCAGGUGUGCUGUCCUCUCGAGUCGCUAUUUUGAUGUGCGCUGUGGUGCAUUAAAACAAUCACCACCAAGUACCAUCAAGUGCUUGCAGUAGCUUGUUAGUUAUUUUGUAUAAACUAAGCUGUGAAAUUAUUGGCACUCAUCCUUCCCUUUUCAAUAAAGCACCAGCAUCACAUUUCAUUUUGUGUCAGC